CUUUCCUUUCAAAGUUGCAUCAUUUUAGAAAGUGCCGGACCGGCAGUUCUAUGAGAAGUUAAGUAGCGAAAAGUGUGGUGCUGUUUUCCUUUUGAGGUUGAUCUUCCAGUGUUACCUGCUUCACCCAUUUCAGGGUGUUAGAGGAGCGGCAUCCUGUUUUGGCAUGCAGAGGGUGCAAGGCAGGACGGUAAUGAAACUGGCAAACUUAAUGCAGUGAGCAGUAGUACUAACCACUUCAUCACUAUGUGCUGUGUUUCGCAGUGUAAAUGGAGACUGCAUACCAUGAUAUGCAAAUAAGAAACAAGAUGGUGCAGCCUGUUGCAGAAAACAUUAAUUUUCCAUCUGAGGAGGAAAAGAUUCUGAACCUGUGGAAGGAACUGGACUGUUUUCGGGAAUGUUUGAAGCAAUCCAAAAAUCGUCCUAGAUAUACCUUUUAUGAUGGGCCUCCAUUUGCAACAGGACUUCCUCAUUAUGGUCAUAUCUUGGCUGGUACAAUCAAAGAUAUAGUUACACGGUUUGCUCAUCAGAGUGGGUUCCAUGUGGACCGGAGGUUUGGAUGGGAUUGUCAUGGCUUGCCAGUGGAGUAUGAGAUUGACAAAACUAUUGGAAUUAAGGGACCAGAAGAUGUUGCCAAAAUGGGAAUUGCGGAAUACAAUAAGCAGUGCAGAGGCAUUGUCAUGAGGUACGCUGGAGAGUGGGAGAUUUCUGUUCAACGACUGGGUCGCUGGAUUGAUUUUCGCAAUGACUACAAGACACUUUACCCAUGGUUCAUGGAAACUGUAUGGUGGGUGUUUAAGCAGCUGUAUGAUAAGGGACUGGUAUAUAGGGGAGUGAAAGUUAUGCCAUUUUCCACGGCAUGUAAUACUCCCCUGUCCAACUUUGAGUCGAAUCAGAAUUACAAGGAUGUUCAAGACCCAUCUGUCAUAGUGACUUUUCCAUUGGAAGAGGAUAGCAGUGUUGCUUUGGUUGCUUGGACAACCACUCCAUGGACUUUACCCAGUAAUCUUUCAGUUUGUGUGAACCCAGACAUGCAGUAUGUUAAACUACAAGAUAAUGCCAGUGGUCAGGUGUUUAUUUUGAUGGAAGCCAGGCUUUCUGCACUUUUCAAAGCAGAGAGUGAAUACACCAUAUUGGAGAGAUUUCCUGGCAGUGCUCUCAAAGGCAAAAAGUACAAGCCGCUGUUUAAUUAUUUCGAAAAGUGUAAGGAAAAUGGAGCUUUCAGAGUAUUGGUAGAUGAUUAUGUCCGGGAAGAGGAAGGUACAGGUGUUGUACACCAGGCUCCUUACUUUGGUGCUGAUGACUACAGGAUUUGCAUGGAGUACAAAGUUAUCCAGAAGGAUUCUCCACCAGUUUGCCCAGUUGAUGCUUCAGGCUGCUUUACUGCUGAAGUCACAGAUUUUGCUGGGCAGUAUGUAAAGGAUGCAGACAAGAACAUUAUAAAGAAACUGAAGGAAUGUGGCAGGCUGGUCUACAGUGGCACUUACAAACACAACUACCCUUUUUGUUGGAGAUCCGAUACCCCUCUGAUUUACAAAGCAGUGCCCAGCUGGUUUAUACGAGUGGAACACAUGGUGGACAAGCUUUUGGCAAAUAAUGAGCAGUGCUACUGGGUUCCGGAAUUUGUGCGAGAAAAAAGAUUUGGAAACUGGCUAAAAGAAGCACGGGACUGGGCAGUGUCCAGAAAUAGAUAUUGGGGAACACCAAUUCCUCUGUGGGUCAGUGAAGACUUCGAAGAGGUUGUUUGUGUUGGAUCAGUAGAUGAACUAGCAGCACUGACGGGAGUGAAGGUUUCUGAUCUUCACAGAGAGAGUGUGGAUGGGCUUACAAUUCCUUCACGUUGUGGUAAAGGAGUCUUGCAUCGAGUUCCGGAAGUGUUUGACUGCUGGUUUGAAAGCGGCAGCAUGCCUUAUGCUCAGGUUCAUUAUCCUUUUGAAAACAGAAAGGAAUUUGAAGACACCUUCCCUGCUGACUUCAUUGCUGAGGGCAUUGAUCAGACCAGAGGAUGGUUCUACACUCUGCUAGUGUUAUCUACAGCUCUUUUUGGUAAACCACCUUUCAAGAACGUGAUUGUAAACGGCCUUGUUUUGGCCAGUGAUGGGCAGAAGAUGAGCAAACGCAAGAAGAAUUACCCUGAUCCAUCAGCGAUUGUAAACAGUUAUGGUGCUGAUGCACUGAGGUUGUACCUAAUCAACUCUCCUGUUGUAAGGGCUGAAAACCUGCGGUUUAAAGAGGAAGGUGUAAGGGAUGUAUUGAAAGAUGUUUUCCUGCCAUGGUACAAUGCUUAUAGAUUCCUCAUUCAGAAUGUGAUCAAACUACAAAAGGAGGAAGGAAUUAAUUUCAAGUACAACGAAGCCUCUGUAAAAGAGAGUGACAACAUCAUGGAUAAGUGGAUUGUAUCGUUUACCCAGUCUCUCAUUCAUUUCUUCAAGGUUGAAAUGGAUGCUUACAGACUCUACACUGUUGUGCCCCGUCUUGUUAAGUUUGUUGAUAUGCUUACAAACUGGUAUGUGAGGACAAAUCGCAGAAGGUUAAAGGGUGAAAAUGGUACUGAAGACUGCAUUAUGGCCUUGGAGACCCUUUUCAGUGUCUUGUUCUCAAUGUGCAGACUUAUGGCUCCAUUUACUCCAUUUAUCACAGAAAUAAUGUAUCAGAACUUGAGGCAUCUUAUCGACCCCCAGUCCAUCCAGGACAAGGAUACUGGUAGUAUCCACUACCUCAUGCUUCCUUCUGUAAGGGAAUCGCUCAUUGAUAAGCAAAUUGAGCGUGCAGUGUCCCAGAUGCAGUCUGUUAUUGAGUUAGGACGUGUUAUUCGUGACAGGAAGACCAUCCCAGUAAAGUACCCUCUGAAAGAAGUGGUGGUCAUCCAUCAGGAUCCAGAAGCCUUGAAAGCUAUCCAGUCACUGGAGAAGUACAUCUUAGAGGAGCUUAAUGUUCGUCAGCUUACAGUCUCAACAGAUAAAGAUAAAUAUGGAAUCAGACUACGGGCAGAGCCGGACCACAUGGUAUUGGGAAAGCGCUUAAAGGGAGCCUUUAAAUCUGUAAUGGGAGCAAUCAAGGAACUGACUAAUGAACAGCUGGAAAACUUUCAGAGCACAGGUAGCAUUGUUGUUGAAGGACAUGAAUUGCAUGAAGAAGACUUGCGUCUUAUGUACACUUUUGAUCAGAAUCAUGGAACAGCCAGUCAGUACGAGGCACAUUCUGAUGCUCAGGUUUUGGUUCUUUUGGAUGUCACACCAGAUCAGUCCAUGGUGGAUGAAGGUGUUGCUCGAGAAGUCAUUAAUCGCAUUCAGAAGCUUCGAAAAAAGGGUAAUUUGGUCCCCACAGAUGAAAUUACAGUGUUUUAUAAAUGUAAGCCCGUAGGAGACUACUUGGACACAGUUGUUAAAGGUCACACCGAAUUCAUCCUAGCAACUAUUAAGGCACCUAUAAAGCCUUAUCCAGUGCCAGCGUCCCUGGAUGUUAUUAUCCAGGAGAAGACACAGUUGAAAGGAUCAGAGCUGGACCUUACACUCACAAGGGGUGUUUCAUCUGUGAAAGUACCACUGUCUGGCCCUGCUUGCUGCUUUAUUAAUCUUAAAGUAUUAGACAGUGGCUCAGAGCAAGCUGGUGUGGUGCUCCUUGAAAAUCCUAAGGGAGAUAACAGACUAGAUGUCCACAAGUUGCAACGUGCUGUCUCCACCAUUUUUGGGCUGCAGAAGAAAGAAAUGGUGAUGUUUGAUGGAAAAACAAAAAUAACAUCCAAGAGUGACUUGUUUAAAAUAACAGGAAAACUACUGCAGGUAACACCAGGAGCAGUGCCAGCUGGUGCAGUUAACAACAAUAGCAUCUUCUGUCCAUAUAUCAAUCUACAUCUGCUGAAUGCCAGGCCGCAAGAAUGUCAGAAAGGCGUAACGGGCACUCUCUUAUUGGAAAAUCCUGUAGGCAAGAAUGGACUGACUUACCGUGGUCUUCUCCAUGAAACUACAAAGGUGUUUGGCCUGAGAGGCAGGAGGCUGAAACUGUACUUGGAUGAGUCAAAAACAGAGGAAGUUACAGAAGACACACCUUUGAAGACACUUAGCACGAAGAUUGUAUACGUCCAUGUCGUGCCUACAACAUCUGAUUGAAAAUUUAUCCCAGGGUGUUGAUUUCUCCACUGAAAAAGGAAUUAUCAGCACUGGAAUCAGUAGCCACAAAUCAGGCUUUAAGUCAUGCAGAUACAUAGUGGCAUUAUUGAUCUGUAUAAACUGUAUUCCUAUCCAUAAAUUUGUAAAACAAAACAUGCAACAUGACCUCUACAGUAUCUGUGAAAAUGGCUUGUUACCUGCAGCACCUGCACCAUACGUGUUACAAAUGCCAUUUUGAACAGGAAUGUCCAAUUGCUGAGGUGACAAUUGGCUUUUUAAUCACUUCCUUUGCCACAAGACUUUGGAGCAGCGGAUAGUGUACAUUACCACAGUGGGUUAGUUCAUUCAUUCCUUAAACUUUGGCUGUAUAAUGUGGCGUGGGUCAGUAAGAGUGGAAUAUGAAUUGUAGGACUGUAUUUACAGGGACGACCUAUCAGAUCAUAAGAUACCUGGUAAUAUAUUUUCUUAGUCUGCGAGUUUCCAUUUGAUCUUAUUUCAUAUUACUGCUUGGCUGUGUUGAGUUGCCAUGGCCAUGUCACUUGCCUGUAUCUGGGUUCCGGUGGAUGUAAAGUUUACACAAUUUAGCAUAUUGCACUUUUAAUUGAUGUUGGGAUGUCUAAUCAUUGUGCUGUAUACCAGAUUAGCUGCUUUUUAUAAGGCCUUGGCACCUGUUUGGCAAACAGAUUUUAAUGCAACUGUUAGGGGUUUAUGUCCAAUUUUUCUUCUAUCUCUGAAGUUAUGGAGAAAUUACUGCCCUCUUGUUUGCUUUUUUUUCCUUUGUGGAUGUGCGUGCACCUAUGCCUUGUCUGCUGGAUAAUGUACUGUUGAUGUCUCACAUGGGAUUAUUUUUCCACUGUUCAAAAAGCAAAGUUUUUUGCCACAGAGUCAGCAUUAUCAUAUUAUCCAAGGGCAAAAUACUCUGUAUUGUCAAACUAUUUCCUCUGUGUGGCCUUGGUAGACUUUUGAACUUCGGAACAGCCAGAAUGUUUCAUCCUUAAUUGACAAAGGAACAAAAAGUCCUUCACUUCUGUUAACUGUAUUGUUUAAUAUUUCAUUACAUUUUUAAAGAAUCACAACAUGGAUGCUUUUUUGCUGUUGGUUUGUCAUUAAAAAGUAUGAUUAGAAAUGA